AUGCCAUCUCCUGUUUCAACAGACCCUCGAAUCUUGCGGUUUCCCAGAUCUGACGAGACUGGGUCUUAUGUACUCGUCCAUGUCUCAUGUACCGGCCCUGCGCCGCUUGAUCUGAGUCUGACGGCUACUGAGGGGGAAUCGCCCUACGUUGGCUUGGUGAAACAAACACGCUUGAAAGACCUUCAAGCAAAGAAUUACCAAGGAUCCAAUGAUGAAUGGGUUAAAACGGUCUCUCUCAUUCUGGGACAAUGUUCUGCUCCUCCUGACGAGCCCGAUUGGGCCACUGGUCUCGAAGCUUCGGCCAGCAUAUCGGGUUCUGAUGAAGACAAUAAGGAAAUUGUGAUCACUAUACGGAAGCGAGUGCAGACUAUCACGCAACGCCUUGGUGCUUUUACCCUCAGGCAAGAUGAUGAACAAGCCGUCGAGCUUUUCGAAUGGACAGGAAUCACUGCGGCUAGAGCUAAUAUGCUAGAGCAACAAGUGUCCAGCCUCACUGGCCGUUAUCGCCUCGCCGAAGACACCAUACAGAGGUUGAAUGAACAGCUUGAGGAGCUUAUGCAUGCGAAAACCGAGCAUGAGAAUCGACUGGUCGCCAAUUUCGUACAGGUCUUGAACGAGAAAAAGCUUAAAAUCCGCAACCAGCAACGUCUUCUGGCAUCAGCUACGGUGGAUGCCACCAAAGUCUCUGAGAUACAAGCUAGCAUUCCAGAGGAGUCACAUAGCACCGCCGAGAAAUAUCAUUCAGCGAAGAGAAGUGCUCGCAAGAUGAGCGACACAGACGACUCUGAUGGGUUCGAACAAAUGGAUAUUGAUCCAAUAAAGGCUGAUCGAGAUGCCUCUGGUAAUCAAGACACCGAUGACGAAGAGCAUUCCACCCCUCAUCCUUUGGACGACGAACAAAAUAAUAGCACGACGGACGAUGAUUCGUCUCAAGAUGAAUCUGCCCAGCUGAAGCGAGUCUCCCCAGCGAGAGACACCGCGCCACCUCAGAGAGAUUUGCCAUUUGCUAAAAGGACCGGCGGACCUAUCAAGACUGCUCCAACCCAGCCCAGUGAAGAUGCCGAAGAAACUGCGGGAGAGACGGACGACGAUGAGCUUUAA